AUGGUCGCAACCAGUCAACCGCUGGCGGCGAUGGCCGGCCUGCGCGUAUUAAUGGACGGCGGCAACGCUGUGGACGCGGCGGUCGCGACGGCAGCCACCCUGAACGUGGUGGAACCCAUGUCCACCGGCGUAGGCGGCGAUCUUUUCGCCCUGGUCUGGAAGGCAUCAAACAAACAGGUUGUUGCUCUCAACGGCAGUGGCCGUUCUCCGAUGGCCGCCAGCAUCGAAGGUCUGCGAGCGAAAGGUCACCACCGGAUGCCACCCGUUGGGCCUUUGUCGAUCUCUGUACCCGGUACUGUGCACGGUUGGGAGACGCUGCUGUCCGGCGAGGGAACGAUGGCGUUAUCCGACGUGUUGAAACCGGCCAUCAGGUACGCUGAAGGCGGUUUCCCGGUCAGUGACAUAAUUGCGUUCCAGUGGCAGCAGCAGGAGGGCAAGUUGGCAGCGCUGCCGUCCGGGCAGGAAUUGCUAAAAGAUGGCAGGGGCCCCCGCGAAGGGGAGUUGAUGAAGAUGCCCACCCUCGCCGGGACGUUGCGCACGAUCUCCGAAGGCGGGAGUGAAGCCUUCUACCGGGGACCCAUUGCCACGGCGAUGGCCGACUUUGUUCAGGAACAGGGCGGGUGGCUGGCCGAAGCAGACCUGGCAUCGCACCAUUCCGACUGGGACGAACCUAUCAAGACGGAUUACCGUGGUGUCACUUGCUGGGAAUGUCCUCCCAACGGACAGGGGAUAAUCGCGCUGGAGGCCCUGAACAUCGCAGAAGGUUUCGAUAUCGCCGCCAUGGGACCGCAGAGCGCCGACCGGUAUCACCAUCUGGUGGAGGCAACGCGGUUGGGAUUCUCAGAUGCUUUUGAAUAUCUGGCCGACCCGCGAUCCGUGGAGGUGCCGACAGGGGCGUGGGCGUCCAAGGAAUACGCGGCGAAGCGGCGGGCGCUGAUCAAGCCGGAUCAGGCGAUGGUUACCGCGCCCUACGGCAAGAUGGUUCCGGGGAGCGACACGGUAUACAUAAGCGUUAUAGAUGGGGCCGGCAACGCCUGCUCACUGAUCAACAGCGUAUUCGCCAACUUUGGGUCCGGGCUCGUGGUGCCGGGAACCGGCAUUGUCAUGCACAACCGGGCGGCGUUAUUCCAAAUGAAUCCCGAGCAUCCCAACGCGCUGGCCGGCGGCAAGCGUCCGUUCCACACGAUUAUUCCGGCCAUGGCGACGCGCGACGAUGAGUUGUGGUUGAGUUACGGCGUGAUGGGCGGAUUCAUGCAGCCGCAGGGUCAUUUGCAGGUUAUCAGCAACAUGGUCGAUUUCGGGAUGGAUUCCCAGGGGGCGUUGGACGCGCUGCGUUUCCAGGUUGCGGGUGAUGAAUUGUGGAUGGAAGGGGACGUUGCGAACUCGGUUGUCGAUGACCUGCAUCGUAGAGGCCACCGCGUUAACGUGAUGCACGGGCCGCAUCGGGGAGGGGCCGGAGGCAUGGGCGGCGGCCAGAUCAUCAGCCGCGAUCCGGAAUCGGGCGUGCUCAGCGGCGGUAGCGAACCUCGAAAGGACGGCGCCGCAGUCGGCUGGUAA